UAUCAUAUGAACAUGACAUCGUUUGUGCUGCGGGCAGAAUACUAGUCAGUUAGUUCUAAAUACAUAGCCUAGUAGGUUGACGUUUGUUGCUCUUUCCUGUGUUGGAUUGUGCAUUGUUCUACUUUUAUCAGUGUGACAUCCGUAUCAAGAGAUAGGGAUAGGCUACAUUAUGUUUAUUUUAUUUGGAUGAAUCGAGCAGGCAGCAAGUUGCAAGAAUUGGAUCGCUGAACCUGCCACUUGCGAGCCCAUGAUCCCGUUGACUUAUCCGCGUAGGAAGCGUACUGUAUGUUGAUGAAAUUCAAGCAUGUCAGGAAAACAAUUUAAAGGUCAUGAAGUCAGUUGCUGCAUCAAAUAUUUUAUUUUUGGAUUUAACAUAAUAUUUUGGUUGCUCGGUGUGGCCUUCCUGGGGAUUGGACUAUGGGCCUGGAAUGAGAAGGGUGUUCUCUCCAACAUCUCGUCCAUCACAGACCUGGGGGGCUUUGACCCCGUCUGGCUCUUCUUGGUGACGGGAGGGGUCAUGUUCAUCCUGGGGUUUGCCGGGUGCAUCGGAGCGCUGAGGGAAAACACCUUCCUGCUCAAGUUUUUUUCUGUGUUUCUGGGGAUCAUCUUCUUCCUGGAGCUGACAGCUGGAGUGUUGGCCUUCACCUUCAAGGACUGGAUCAAGGACCAGCUCAACUUCUUCAUCAAUAACAACAUCCGGGCGUACCGUGACGACAUCGACCUCCAGAACCUCAUAGACUUCACUCAGGAAUAUUGGGAUUGUUGCGGCGCAUUCGGAGCGGAUGACUGGAACCUGAACAUCUAUUUUAACUGCACGGACACCAACCCCAGCCGGGAGAAAUGUGGGGUCCCCUUCUCCUGCUGCACCAAGGACCCUGCGGAGGAUGUGAUAAACACGCAGUGUGGCUAUGACGUACGAGCCAAAGCUGACGUAGAGCAGAAGACCUACAUCCAUGUGAAAGGCUGUGUGCCACAGUUUGAGAAGUGGUUACAGGACAACCUGACGGUGGUGGCUGGGAUCUUCAUAGGAGUUGCGUUGUUACAGAUAUUUGGAAUAUGCUUGGCACAAAACUUAGUUAGUGACAUCGAAGCUGUGAGAGCAAGCUGGGUGCCCCCGCCCUCUUUCUCCACGCACCGACCCCUGCCUCACUCUGGAAAGAAAGGGUCUGCAUACUACGCAUGAGGAACGUACUCGCGAGCGUGUGUAUGAACUGUAGCUGUUUAUUUACCUGAUGUCGCGGCCCAUCUUGACCCAGGAACACACAGGUCUCUUCAGCACGGCUAUGCCAGUCUCAGCAUCAGAAGAUGCUAGAAGCCUGCUGGAACUGGGAAUGAUACCACCUGCACCAUAUUCCGUCAUGAUGACUGGCACAUUCUGAUCCUUUUUAAAGAUGUGUUUGAGGUUGCAAAAUUCCAGUAACUUUCCAGAAAUUCCCAGGUUUUCCAGAAAUCCCGGUUGGAAGAUUCCUCCAAUCAGGAUUUCUGGAAAACCUGGGAAUCUGGGGAAAGUUACCUGUGCUUUGCAUCCCUUUUGUUCCAUGCGGUUCCAUCGAUGUGGUAAACACUUUGUGUAGAAAUGUAGAGAAAAUAAUGAAGACAAAAAAAUUAACUUUGGGGGGGGUUGUAAAUGCACUGCAUGCAUCUUGUUUAAAUUCAUGAUGUACAGAAGUUGUUAUUGACACAGGUAUUUUGAACAGUAAAAUGGUAGCUGUAUUUGUGGCGACACUGAGCAUUAGGGAAGAGAGUAAUGGUGCUAGAAUGCAAAUGUACAGUAGUAGUCUCAGCCCUCAAGUUGUUUGCUUUGAACUGCAGUAGCCUUGUCGGCUCAAGCGUUUUUGUGGCACAGAUGGGCAUUCAUUAUACACUGCUCAAAAAAAUAAAGGGAACACUAAAAUAA